GCUGCUGCUAUCGGAUCUGUGAUGAUAUGUGAUCUCCUGGAUACAAUCACACACACACACACAAGUACCAGGCACUGCUGCUCAGCUGAGCAAAAUGUCUUUCUCUUAGAGGUGGUGCUCAUCACAGCUUUCAGAUCCUUGACGAUGUUGCCAUGCUUUCCUCUCUGCCUUCUGCCUUUUUCUGUCUUUGCCUGCCUGCUUUUCUUACCCGGGGCUCGCCUUUGCCCUGCUGUCUGUAGCUGUAUGGACUACCACACCAUAGAUUGCCGGGAUCAAGGACUCCCAAGUGUUCCUAAUCAAUUUCCAUUGGAUGUACGGAAACUUCUUAUAGCUGAUAACAACAUUCAGGCGAUACCGGCUGAUUUCUUUAUAUUUUAUGGUGAUCUGGUUUAUUUGGACUUCAGGAAUAACUCCCUCACCUCUUUAGAAGAGGGCACUUUUAGCAGUUCUACCAAACUGGUUUAUUUAGACUUAAGCUACAACAAUUUAACACAGCUUGAUGCUGGGAUAUUCAAAUCAGCAGAAAAACUGAUAAAAUUGAGCCUUGGAAACAAUAACCUGGUGGACGUGGAUGAGGCUGCUUUUGAGAACCUGGAACAGCUCCAAGUGUUAGAACUGAAUGACAAUAACUUACAGAGCCUCAAUGUGGCAGCCCUAGAAGCGCUUCCCUCCCUGCGGACUAUACGCUUAGAGGGCAACCCUUGGGUCUGUGACUGUGACUUUGCCAAUCUUUUCAGCUGGAUACAGGACAAUGCAUCCAAGCUCCAGAAAGGUCUCCAUGAAAUCCAGUGUUCCCUGCCUAUAGAAAACAGAAGAAUCUUUCUGAAUGAGUUGUCUGAGGUCAGCUUUAGUGAAUGCAAAUUUAGUUUAUCAUUGACGGACCUUUUUAUCAUCAUCUUCUCUGGAGUCGCAGUUUCUAUUGCUGCUAUUCUGUCAAGCUUCUUCUUAGCAACUCUAGUGCACUGCUUCCAAAGAUGUGCGCCCAGUAAGGAUGACGAUGAUGAUGAAGACGACAGUGAGGACUGAACUUCAUCUGUAUGCUUGAGUUUCUUUGGUUUAUUAGUUACUAGAUCAUCAGCCAAAGUCUUAGGAAGAAAACAAGUAGAGUAAAAGCUUUAAACAUGAAUUAAAUUAAAUCAUAACUUGCAAAGAUCCAUUCUAAUGUCAUGAUGGUCGCAGGUAGGAAUGGCAGUUUGUCCCUGAGACUGUUAGCUGUGCUUCCAUAGGUAACCGAAUGCAACGAGGCUGGGUUAAUUUCUAUGAUCCUUAAUUAAACACUGCAUUGAAAUUUGACGAUUGGAGGAAAAAGAAGAAAGGCAACAAAAAGUUUCAGUGUUUUAAAGACAAGCUCACAGCUUCCAGAUGAUGCUUACAGCUACCUGUCAGUGCUCAACAGCUUGUUCUAGAUGCACUACAAAAAGGGAUGGGUGGAUGGAGGCAUUAGUGACCUUCCAGUACCUGAAGGGGUUGCAAGAAAGCUGAGGAGGGACUGUUUACAAAGGCUUGUGGUGGUAGGAUGAGAGGCAAUGGGUGUGAACCGGAGAGGGGCAGACUUAGACGAGACAUAAGGAGGAAUUUCUUCAAGAUGGGAGUGGUGAGGCCCUGGCCCAGGUUGCCCAGGGAAGCUGUGGCUGCCCCAUCCCUGGAGGUGUUCCAGGCCAGGUUGGAUGGGCCUUGGGCAGCCUGAGCCAGUGGGAGGUGUCCCUGCCCAUGGCAGGGGGUUGGAACUGGAUGGGCUUUAAGGUCCCUUCCAACCCAUUCUGUGAUUUCAGCUAGAGAAUACAAAAGCAAUUUAAAAUAGCAUCCUUCCUAGAUCUAGGCAGUGGAAGAUUCUGUUGAGCUCACACAACUUUCUAAGUAACAAAACGCAAUUAAAAUAGAACUGUUGAAAGCAUUAUAGGAGGGUUAGCAUUUUCUCUGUUUCAUGAGAGCAGUUGCAGGCAUCAUUCAGCCAAAAAAUUUUUUUCUAUAAGCAAGUAUGAUUCUAGAUCUGAGUCAUCCACUGCAGCUGCCUGGCACCUCUUUGGUCGUGGCACAAAUACUAAAUAUAACAUUCUUUUGCUUUUUUAGAUGCAAUGAAGUAGAGGAUUUCCCUUCACUGUAAUGCUAGGCACAAAUAACCCUUGCAGUAUCCAGUCCGUUUAGUUAUUUUAAACCACUAAGGGCUAUAUUCUGCUCCUGAUUACACCAGAGUAACACAACUGAAGUGAACACCCUGAUCCAAACUGGCAACAAGAGUGGAAUCUGGCCCAAGAUGUUUCUGACUGUAUUACAGAUUUGUCAAAACUUAAGCUCUUCUAUAUAAUGGUAGAUAUUUUUGUUAGAAUUAAAAGAGACAUUUAUUACAAGACAUUUUUGGAAUAGUGCUGGACCAGCUUUUUAGGAUAAGUAUAUUUUUAAAAUAUUUGUAAUGGAAAUAUUUUUUUAAAGCUCUGUGUAUUUAAAGUAUUAUUUAGAGUAGCUGUGAGGGCUUAAAGUAAUAAAUAACAGUAAUAAAUAAUCUAAGGACUGUAUGCUCUUAUGAAAGAAUUAGAUCCGAUAAAAAUAGCAUCUGUUUAACUACUGUAAAUGCUAUUAUUUCUUAAAAAACACUUUUUGGUUACAGGAUUGCCUUGCUCAGAUAAUAUGAAUGAUCUGUUACAGACAAUUAGCUCCACACAUUUUGUAUCUGUUAUGAUAGUUGUCCAGGGGAGAAUCACACUGAGUGUUCAGGGGUGACACAGUCCGGUCGAGAGGGUUGGGAUGCAGCGCUCUGGGGUGUCGUCCCCGUCUGGCAGCGAUCAGCUAGGAGACCUUCAGCACAUCACUCUGCCUGUGCCUCGGUUUCACUACCUAUAAAAUGAAGACCAUAAUAGCUAUUUAUCUUUUCCAAGUGCUUUGAGAUGCGCAAUUCAGGGCACCAUACUGGGGCUGUGUAUAAUGAUUCUGCGUGUUAGGCUGAAGCAGAUGUCAUGCAGCAGGUCUAAUCCGAUCUCCUAUCAGCACGGCUUCACUGACAUCAGUGGAGUUACUCCACUGGCUAACAGUUUGCACCAUGCCGAGGUCAAAACCAGGACAAUUUAUUGUUUAUUUCUAUUAGCUCUGCAGCUUAUUCAACGCAACGUAAUGCUACCGUUGUUAAGAUUAUUAUUUCUGAAAACACACCGAAACAGAGUUAAGUAGGACAGUGAGAGGAUAUUCUGUAUUGAUACUGUCUUAUUCUAUUCUGGUUCUUUGAAGAGAAAUGAAAUGACAUGAUUUUCACAGUGUAGUGCCAUGA